AUGGUUCCGCUACCUGCGAAAGUCUUGCACCGCCGGGGAGACAACUCAGGUCGCACAUUCUCAAUCAUUUUUGCUAUCAUCGCCCUGCUGGUCGUUCUGGGUUGUCUCAUCUGGGGCAUCAUCCUUCCAAGAUACCGGAAGACAAACCUCGGUCGACCACGCGGCCGGCUGGCUGCGAACCGUACAGGCACCUCCAACGCCCAGUUUCCCAGCCAUCCUGCUCUGCUCCGUGGCUUCCGGCAGAAGUCUUCAAUCGCCCUUCGACAGUACAAUCCACGAAUCGAGAGUCCUUUCCCGUCCAAUCCUGCUCAAUCAACAGUCGACCAUUCAUUGCCGCCUUCUUGCCCUCCGCCUGCUCGUCUCCUCGGCGCCCCAACUCACAGCGAUGGCCUCUUCACUCCAGCCAAAGAUCGUCUCUCGUCACGACGAGGUCGAUACACAAGAUACAGCCGACUUUUCCAGCCGAAAGCGUUGGUGGGACAUGAAAGCCAAAGUAUAAUGACCAAGGUCAACGCAGUGGAGGACUACGUGCUUCCGAUACCCGAAGCCCUCGUUUUGAAACCCAGACCAGCAGGACGGCCACCGCCACUGACAAAGCAGUUGGGGAUGUUCCCUGUACCGCAAGGCCAUGUCAAACGAAAGGGGGGCCUUGUCCACCCAGUCAAGCUCUUUCAAGACUUGGACCAACGGGACUCUAAAUCAACUGCGGACACUUUUGGAACCCCCUGCCCAGCACCGUGCCAUGCCAGUUGUUCGAAUGCCGAAAGGUCGUCAGUUUUGCAGGUAGCUAUACGAAUCGAGAGCCCUAGUGUUGACGCCUCGACCCACGCCCACCCCGAACCGGUCGAGCAAAGCAGCUCUUCCUGCGCGAAGCCGCCUUCUUUUCGCCACGACACCAGUGCACGAUCGGUAAGAGGAGGGAUCACUGCUGUUCCUGCCACAAACAGGCCAGGAAAACGGCUGCCGCUGGGAAAGACUGGGGCUUUGACAAGACCAACGACUCCAACACCUGAGAUUUGUGAACUGCGUGACCGCACAACCGCUGACGAAAAGACGGAAAGUGCCUCCUUCAAACGAGGUUAUACCCCAUCCACAAACCCUUUCACAACUCCUGAGUUUUCUUCGACACCCCCAACCUCGUCAAUCAUCUCGACCAACACCGUCCCAGCUCUUUCAACGCCUUUGAGGUUACCAGGAGCAGAAUCUGACAGCUGUGUCACAACCUCUGGUGUUCAUCACCACCAACGAACUCCUAGUUCGAUGGCACUUCCUCCCCCAGUCAAGCUCACCACAACAUAUUACGAUCUACCCGAUAAGACCAUCCUUCACACAAGACAGAACGUAUAUCCUACCCAUGCACUUACCAUACGCCCGAGAACUGCAAGAUUCAAGCUUCCGACCUCUUGCGAUUUGCAAACACACCCAGUAUUCAUGCAACGACAUUCCAUUUCGUCCCUGUCGACAAUCAUCAAGCCAAUCAUGGCGACAGCAAGAGGCAAGGUCGGUCCACGUGCAAGCAGCAUCUAUAGUCGAGACACAAAAGGGAUGAGCUUUGGAGGAAACUCAACUCACGCACAAAUUGCCCCUAACACCGCCGAGGUGGUUACGCGGCCGUGGUUGUCAAUUGGAGAACACCUAGAUUCUUUCCAGCAAGAAGAUAACAUAACGGACGUCUUGAAGAGCAAAAUUGACGAAUGGGAUCUACACACUGCGCAUCUUGAUGCGUCCCUAUUGCACUCAUCGGCGCUCAAGCGAAGUAUCUCAGAUUCUGGACCCAGGGGCGCAAGGUUGCGCAGUUAUCCAAUCAUUGGGAACCGCAAUGACUCGUGGAAGAGGGACAGCGGUGGUCGAGGAAGAUCUGUGCCCACGAUUCGAAUUGGCCCAUCUAGCGACGAUGUGUUUGGCAAUGACGUCCGAAACAUUCAUUGGGCGAGGGCUGUACAGACAGCAGAGGCAGUACAGAGGUACAGGCCAGAACCAACUCUAUUAGGUGCAUUGGAGCGAGGGACGGCGCCAGGAGGAGGGCAAUGGAUCUGA